GAAGCGGCGGAAGCGGCGGCGGAAGCGGCGGAAGCGGCGGCCAUGGCGGCGGCGACGGCGGCGGGUCCCUGUCCCGGCCCCGGCCCCGGGCCCGGCCCCGGCGCCGCCCGCACGAAGAAGAAGCAGAAGCGCUUCGUGCCGCAGCGCGUGAAGCUGCCGCGGGCGGCGGACCCGCUGCUGGCCGUGCUGGCCUGGGGGGUCACGCACCAGAUCAACGAGCUGAGCCAGGUGCCGCUGCCCGUGAUGCUGCUGCCCGACGACUUCAAAGCCAGCUCCAAGAUCAAGGUCAACAAUCACCUGUUCAACAGGGAGAACCUGCCCAGCCACUUCAAGUUCAAGGAGUACUGUCCCCAGGUGUUCCGCAACCUGCGCGAGCGCUUCGGCGUCGACGACCAGGACUACCAGGUGUCCCUGGCGCGCAGCCCCCCGCGCUGGGCGGGCAGUGGGCACCGCCUGCUGCUCUCGGCUGACCGCACGCUGGUGCUGAAGGAGCUGUCGAGCGAGGACGUGGCCGACGUGCACGGGCUGCUGUGCCACUACCACCAGGUACGGACAGGGGACACCUGUGUCAUUGAGGGGUCACCUGUGUGCCCGGGGGUCACCUCUGUCCCUGGGUGUCACCUGUGUGCCUGGGGGUCACCUGGCUCCCUCGUGGACCGAGAGGCCAGUGACAAGGAGAAGGGCAAGGAGCUGCCCACCCUGAAGGACGUGGAUUUCCUCAACAAGAACGAGAAGGUGUUCGUGGAGGAGGAGCAGCAGCGCGACUUCAUGGACAAGCUCAAGCGGGACGUGGAGUUCCUGGUGCAGCAGAAGCUGAUGGACUACAGCCUGCUGCUGGGCAUCCACGAGGUGGAGCGGGGCGAGCAGGAGGAGGAGGAGGAGCUGGAGGAAGAGGAGCUCGGGGGGGGCGAUGACGGGGGGCUGGGGGGCCCCUAUGGCACCUCCCCGGAGGGUCUGGGGGGGCUCCUCAACUCCUACCGGCCCCUGGGGCCCGGCGAGUUCGACCCCUGCGUGGACGUGUACGCCCUGCGCGGGGCCGAGGGAGCCCCCCGGCGCGAGGUUUAUUUCAUGGGGCUGAUCGAUGUCCUCACCCAGUACGACGCCCGCAAGAAGGCGGCGCACGCGGCCAAGACCGUCAAACACGGGGCCGGAGCCGAGAUCUCCACGGUGCACCCCGAGCAGUACGCCAAGCGCUUCCUCGACUUCAUCACCAACAUCUUCGCCUGAGGGGGGCUCAGCCGGCCCCCCCCGCGGGACCAAACCCCCCCAGCGUGUGCUGCCCCCCCCCCACGCCCCCACAGCACCCCCCCAGUGGGGUUUCACUGCUCAAGUGCCUUAACUUUAUGUCAGGGGGUCCGGGGGGGCUCCAGCCCCAGCACUGGGGGGGUCUGGGGUGCCCCCCCUGCACAAGGGGACCCUUCUGCCCCUCCCAAAGCUGGGAGGGGGUCAAACACUACUUGCCCCAGAGUGGGGGGGGUGAAAGGGGCGCCCCCAGUCCUCACUGGGGGUGCAGCCCCCACCCCUAUUCCAAAUGAGGGUGGGGGGCACCCCCUGCCCCCCUCCGUGUGGGACCUGGGGGGCUCCACAGCUCCCCCCCUUUACUGCAGCUCCCGGGGGGCAGGGGAGGACCCCGGCCCGGUGGGACCCCCGGGGGGGGCGGGGCCUGCCGGGCCGACACCCCCUCCUCACUUUGUGGGGGUGUCGUGUGUUGUGUCCCCCACCCCAUUUUUGGGGCUCCUUGCCCCGCUCUGUACUGAGAAAUAAAUUAUUGAACGGA